UCUCCAGGUGUAGAAACCUACUGUGACGGCAGACAGGACAGAGCUCAGUGUUAUGGAGCUUUAGGAGGAACAGUGGACGUUCAGCUGAUGGACAGAGCCUCAGACGUACAUAAAUACCUGUGGAAAAAGGGCCCAAGAACGAUACUGGAUGGGAGAAAAGAUCAAAUUCUAACUGAUCUGACAGACCAGAGAUACUUGUUUACUCCAAGUAAUGGGACAAUCAGGAUCAACAACAUUAGCAGGAAUGAUAGUGGUGAAUAUCAGCUUGAACUCUAUGAUUCAGAAGGAAAGGACAAGAAACGGACUCUACAUUUGACCAUUCAAGCUCCUGUGGGCUCCGUCCUGCUGCUCUCUGAGUGUCUGUCUGAGGGACAGAUGAGGGCGUCCUGCUCCUCUGAGGGAGGGGACAGUCCUCAGUACAGCUGGACUCUGGAUGGACACACACUGACACAUGCUGAGCUCCUCUCUGGAAACAAUGAGACCAACAGCAUCACUCUGAAACAACACGUCUCAGGACGUCUGCUCUGUUCAGUCAGGAAUCAAGUCAAUAAUGUCUCCAAAGAAGAGACGAUCACUGACUGUGGCUUCAUCUUCAUUAACUGCACCUUAUGUGAUGGGACUCGCAUCUCACAGUGGGUGUUUGCAGCUAAUAACACUCUGUGUGUUGAACCAACAACUCAUCCUACCACAGUUUCAGCCACGACUGAGGGUAAGAAGAGUGAAAUCACAGUGUCAAGUAGUGUCACAGCCACUAACAUUCUAACAUCACAUCCUCCAAUCGGACUCCAGUCCCAUGGUACAGUAGGGCCCCCUGCUGCUGCCCUCACUCCUCCUGCUGCUCUCACCUGGACCCAGGCCAUGCCUUCGCUUCAGCUCCCGUCUCUGCGUUAA